UGACCCUUGUGUGCCGCCCCUUCUCAAUUUAGAUUCCCAUUCAUCUAACCACACUCAACCUCCUGCCGUUCCUCUCUUUCCUUGCUUCCUUCCUUCCUCUUCUGCCACGCUAUAUUAUGUUGAUGAUUCCCUCUUCUUCCCUCUGCUUCUUCCUCUUCUGUGUUCCCUCUGUUCUCUUGGCUCAAGGUGCUCACUCUUCCUUCCUCCUUCCUUCCGUGUUCGCUUGGCUUUGUUUUGCAGAGGAGGAGAGGGGAGAUGGCUGCCUGCAAUCAAGGGACUAUAGCUUCACAAAGUGAAGAGGUGCUCUUGGAGAAAAGAUAUGGAGGUAUUGCAUCCAAGAAACCAUUAAUCUCAAAGGACCAUGAAAGAUCUUACUUCGAUUCGGCUGACUGGGUCCUGGGCAAGCAAGGGACAAGUGCAAAGUCAAACACUGCUGUUGAAUCUCUCAAGCCCAAGUUGAAGCGCACUCCUCACCAUCAGCUUCCACCCCGAAGGCCGGCUUGCACUACCGGUCUCGAAAAUGCAGAGUAGCUGCUGAUGAAGCCCAUGUCUGUUCUGAGCCAUGGACAAACAAGAAUUACCUUUGUUUCCCACAAGAAACCAAAUGAAUUCAGAGAUUUGUAUGAGAAGUCUUGGAGCUUAUCAUAAUGUUCUGCACAUACUUAAAUCUUCUUAAUCGAUAGUUUAAAGCUUGUCA